UGACCUCUUGAGGUCCCUUCCAACCCUGAUAUUCUAUGAUUCUAUGAUUCUAAACCGCACACAAGUGUGAUCGGCGCAGUUUGCACUUCCACAAACGCUUAUGACACAUUUUCUUCGGUCUUUUCCUGUGAUGUUGAAAUCAAAUUGAAGAGUAAGAACUUGGGGCCUUGGCCCUUCGGCCCCUCACACAAACUAUUCCGGGAUUUCCUCCAUUGCGGCUACUGCUUCGCUUUUCCACAAAUAGCACAAUUGCACCAUGUCGUCACCUCCUGAAUGCGCUGGAAUUUCCACAGUUUCUGGGGGUUCGCUCUCCUUUCGAUUUCCAGUCUCCUAUAAGAAGGGGGAGAGACCAGAGACUCAGCAUCAGACAGCAAAGGGUUUGACGGACUCCCAUCUCUGGCUCAUCCCUACCCGACAGCAACAUGAAGGUCUCCGUGGCUGCCCUCGCCGUUCUCCUCAUCGCUGCCUUCUGCUCCCUGGCCUUCUCCGCGCCAAUUGGCUCUGACCCCCCGACUGCCUGCUGCUUCUCCUACACAGCCCGGCAGAUCCCCCGCAGCUUCGUGAAGGAUUAUUACAGCACCAGCAGCAUGUGCUCCCAGCCGGGCAUAGUGUUCACCACGAGGAAGGGCCGUGAGCUCUGUGCCAACCCCAGUGAAUCCUGGGUUCAAGAGUACGUGAACGACUUGGAACUGAACUGAGAGGAGCAGGGGCCAGACUGGGCGAUGCGCCGCCCCCGGCAGUGGGAGUGUAAACCCUCAAAGGACAGGCUGACGAGACAGAAACAGGAGCUGAAUUUGCCCCAACCCCGGAUAAAACCAAGAAUUUGUAACUAUCUUGUACUGCUAUUUAAAAUCCUGGAUCGGUGUAAUACCUACUAAUUAUACUGUUAAUUAUAUUAUUUAUAGAACACUCGCUGUGAGCUGUGGGGGUGAGCGGCUGGGCCGUCUCUCUUCACGUCACAGACGCGCAGAAGAUUGUUUAAUAUAUUUGGUAUUUAGCCCUGGCUGGGUCUGCUGUACUGCUGAACAGUGGCUGGGGUGGGGUUGA